UUGUAGUCCGCUGAGCAGUCCCGCGCCUGCGCCCGGAGCAGUUGCCGAUGAGCUAGGGAGAGCUGUGGCGCUUAAGCGCUGUAGGUGCCUUCCCCCACCCCUGACGAUUUCAGAGAAAAACAAAUUAGAAUCUGAGAUUGCAGGCUCCAGAUAAACUGUAAACUGCUGGAAGGAGGCCAUGGCUGUGGCCCUGGGUUGUGCAAUCCAGGCCUCCUUGAAUCAAGGCUCCGUGUUUCAAGAGUAUGAUACUGAUUGUGAAGUCUUCCGUCAGCGCUUCAGGCAGUUCCAGUACAGAGAAGCAGCCGGACCUCACGAAGCUUUCAACAAACUCUGGGAGCUUUGCUGUCAAUGGCUGAAGCCAAAGAUGCGCUCUAAGGAACAAAUCCUGGAGCUGCUAGUAUUGGAGCAAUUCCUAACUAUCCUGCCCACAGAGAUAGAGACCUGGGUGAGGGAACACUGUCCAGAGAAUAGAGAAAGAGUUGUGUCACUGAUAGAAGACUUACAGAGAGAACUUGAGAUACCAGAGCAACAGAUCGAUAUGCAUGACAUGCUCCUGGAAGAACUGGCACCAGUGGGACCAGCACACAUACCACCAAACAUGCACCUGGAGUCACCUGCACUCCAGGUAAUGGGUCCUGCUCAAGACACCCCCGUGACGGAGACGUGGCUCCCACAGCCAGGGCCGCAGGAGCUGAACUAUGGUGCUGCUGGGGACUGCCAGCCCUUUUUGGACCCGGGAUAUCCAUUACCAAAGCUUGAUGUGAACUUCACAUUGGAGCACAGAGAAGAGCCAUGGGUGAAGGAAUUACAGGAUUCCAAAGAAAUGAAACAAUUACUUGAUUCCAAGAUAGGUUUUGAGAUUGAGAUAGAAAAUGAAGAUGAUCCGUCAAAACAGAAAAAACUGGAGACUAUAUAUCCAUUUAUUGUGACUGAGGGAAAUGCUCUCGAUGGUCCCAUUUUGCAAAAAGACUAUGUACAGUUAGAAAAUCAAUGGGAACCACCCCCAGAAGAUUUAGAGACAGAUUUAACGAAACUUGUAGAGCAACAGAACCCCAAUCUAGGAGAGACACCUGAGACCUCCAACUUGGAAGAACCUCUCAACUCUAGACUCCGCAAGAAAAAGAGUCCAGUAGAGAAACCUCACCGAUGUCCUCAGUGUGGAAAAUGUUUUGCUCGGAAGUCACAACUUACAGGGCACCAGAGGAUUCAUUCAGGAGAGGAACCUCACAAAUGCCCUGAAUGUGGGAAAAGAUUCCUUCGUAGUUCAGACCUUUAUAGACACCAACGACUUCAUACAGGGGAGAGACCCUAUGAAUGCACUGUAUGCAAAAAACGAUUUACUCGGCGUUCACACCUUAUGGGGCACCAGAGAACCCAUUCUGAAGAAGAAACAUAUAAAUGCCUUGAGUGUGGGAAAACUUUUUGUCAUGGAUCAAGUCUUAAAAGACAUCUGAAAACUCAUACAGGUGAAAAACCUCAUAGAUGUCAUAAUUGUGGGAAAAGUUUUAGUCGACUGACAGCUCUCACUUUGCACCAGAGAACACAUACUGAAGAGAGACCUUUUAAAUGUAAUUAUUGUGGGAAAAGCUUUAGACAGAGACCAAGCCUAGUUAUUCAUUUAAGAAUUCAUACAGGGGAGAAGCCUUACAAGUGCACUCAUUGUUCUAAAAGCUUCAGACAGAGAGCAGGCCUUAUUAUGCACCAAGUCACUCACUUUAGAGGAUUGCUUUAAGAAUGGUUAAGGGAAACAGGUCCGACAGAAAUUGACACAAACUCAAAAGAAUCUUAAGCUAUGGCACGUGUUCAAACACUUGUUUGAACUUAUGAGAAAGGUUUUUUUUUUUAAUUUUUAUUUUUUACUACUUUUAAAACCUGUCUUCCAGGUCAUAUGAGUUCUAUAGUAUCUACCUAUUCUUGCAGCAUUCCUAGAUUUGAUUUAUUCUGUCUGCACAACUCGUAUUUUAUUAUUACAAUGAAAACUUUCAUGUUCCAAGGCAACUGUAUCAUAGGUAUAAGCAUAAAGCAUAUAAAUAAUGACAGUCCUUUCAGAAGUAGGGUCAACAUAAUGGAUAAUCCUGAUUAUGUGACAUAUCUAUUAUAGCAGGACCAUAAUUAUUCUGCUAUCAUUGUUUAAGAUGGUUAUAUUCAUUUAAAACUUUAGAUAUGCCUCACAUGGCAAGAAAGGAGACAGUAAACUUUGUCAGACAAUAAAAAUGUGUCAGGAACACAAUGAUGAAGGAGAUGUCAUUUGGUAAGAACUGUUAAUUCUAGUGAAAAUUUUUAUGAUUAAAGAAAUUAAUAUUUUAGCCUUUACUUCUGCUUAGUCGGCAAUCUGUGGUGAUGCUACUGAAAGCAGACUAUUAAUAUGGUAAUUUAUUUUGUUCAUUGCAUAAGUAUGUCUGGAAGACUGUACUUGACAGUUAAAUUUGUACAAGUAGAAUAGAAUUUUAUGUAGAUUGACUGAAAAACCAGUGCCCAUUGCUUUUCACUCUCCUUUGUAUUCAAUCGUGUAUCUUUCAGUGCUUUUGAAAUUUUACCCAUUCUUUAAUUCAGGGUCCCCCCAAGUAUGUGUCAUUGAACGCUUAGUGCUACAAGACAUUCUGCAAGUAAGCUUGGGAAUUGCUUUCUGUUUCCCCUUCCUAGAUUCAUAGUGCGCACCAGCAUAUGAGAAUCUCUGAAAUAUCCUCUAGUAAGGAGAAAGAAAAAGCACUUCUUUUGACUCAGUGUUUUCCAAAUUUAUUUGAUCCCAGAACCUUUUUCAUGUACAGCCAGUAAUAACACACAGAACUAGUACGCUGUAGAUAUCCCUUGGAACACACUGCCUUAAACAAAUAUUUCUAUAGCUAUGACUAUAGUCUUGUUGCUCCCAAGCCUAGUUAUCUCCAGUUGUUUUAAGGGUGUUAUGAAAAGUUCUUUAAACACUUAUAUCUUUUAUAUAAUACACACAUACAAAUGCACACAUACAUAUACACAUAUCACUUUAAGGAGGUAAAGGUCACUAAUUCAGAUAAUUUAUAAGUUAACCAGUGAUUCUCAACCUCUUUAAACUUGUAAUCUCUCUCUCUCUCACACACACACACAAAAAAAAACCACACACACACACAUUGUUACUUAUAUAAAUGUUCUCAUAUAAUCAUAGUAACAACUUAAAACUUCUGUAGUGAAGAAAGAAUUCUCAUUGUCAAAGUUCUUUACGUGAAAAUGUUCGUUGAGCCUAGUUCUUGUUAAAAAAUACAAGAACUAGAACCUUCAAGCAUUUUUCCUUUAUGAAGGACUUAAACUACCAUUAAGGAAAGUACAUCUUGUCUAGUCUAUUGAUGUUCUCGAAAAUGUUAUGUGUAUGUAUCCAUACAAGUAUUUUGGGCUAUCUACUAUGUGUCUGUCUGUUUUUCUGUCUAGUCCUGUUCUAGGUUUAACGAAAUCCAGUAAAGAAAUAUAAUUCAUGGGUCAGGCUCAUAAAGAGUUUAUAAUAUCUUUAGUUAAACAAGAGUUGGGAAACAAAUGGAGAACAAUGCAAGAGAGUGUGUAAUUAAGUGCCAAAUCAAAUGAAGUGCUAGACCCAGGAUGUGUCUUUAAUUCCUGUCAUCCAGGUCCCUGUAUGAUGCUGCUAUAAGUCUGGGGUAAAAGUAGAGAUCCCAGUAGCAAUAAACAUAUAACAUGGGAGGAGUCUGAAUGUAGAGAUGAAAAAUACCGAAUGUAAUGGCUUCUCUUUUCUCUCUUGUGGAACUGCAUUCAAACCAGAACAGUGCCUUAGAAUGGAUGUGCCCAACUGCUCUGUAUUUAUGCAAUAUUUUAAUAAAGUGAAAAUGUA